CUUAUGUGCUCCAAGAGAGCAGAAAAUAUGGUUUGGCAUGAAACAAAAUGUAAGAAAGAUGGGGAUUCGAGACAUCUUGUAGAUAGUCAGCCCUGGAUCAAUUUGGGCUCAACCUAUGGUAACUUUGCUAAUGGUCCAUAUAAUGUAUGAUUAGGUUUAGCCAGCGAUUAACCUGCACAAGUAGUUUAAUGGUGGCUAGAUGAGACAGUUGAACUGAGUUCUGAGGUUCAAUCUUUGAAUGAUCAACAAUUUAAUUCUUUGUGCACUAAAUUCUAAAUCACCUCACUCAGAAAUGGUUCAAGAUCAUAUCAUGAUUUACUCCUUCGCCUUUAUGUCUGGCCAACAAACGCUGAAGGUGACAUUUUCACCUUUUGGGAUUGGGUUUAGCCAAUAAUGGGUUCAAUCCUUUUUGCACACCAAGUGUUUUUCAUAGCACAUGACCAAAGGUAUUUAUUGAAGGUAGAUUCAUAGCUUCCAUGAAGCUUCCUUCAUGUGCAAGAAUGACAAGGGGAGCUUCCUCAACCACCAUUGAAGCUUCCUCAUGUUCCAUUGAAGCUUCCUCCUAGCUUCAACACAUCUUCCUCCCACCUUCAUACUACCUUGUUUUGGUACUAUAAAUAGAGAGUUUGGAGAGUCUUUCUAUCAUCAAGCAAUUUAGAUCAUAGAUUAGAAUACCACAACCAAGUUUGAGUUGUGAAUAUCCUUGAGAGAUAUGUGAGGUGUUUUGAGAGUUUUUAGUUAGAGCUUGUAUGUCUCUUCUUUCUAUUCUUGAAAGUAAUAGAAGUGUUUUUCUCUCAUAUUAGCACGAUCCUGUUAUUUCCAACAAGUGGUAUCAGAGCCUGGUUGAGCUUUUGAUAUUUUUCCCAGAUUUUUUCAGAUAAAAUUCUACUGUCUGAAAAAUCGAGUUUUUCAGUAUUGGUCGGAAUUGCAAUCUGAAUAUACCGUUGGAUUCGUCUCGUCGAGACGAGAAAACUGGUAUUUUUGGGGAAUUUUUUGGCCACCGGAAGCUGCCGUACGCGCCGCCAAACGCCGGCCAAAAACUGCCUGUGUCAUCGCUGACGUCAUCAGCGCAGUCCAGAGGUAGAAGACGGCUGACAUCAUCGCUGAUGUCAUCAGCCAGUCAGAGCUGCCAGCGACACGCCAGCGCCACGUGUGCAGUCCCAGCACAGUCAGCCGCCACGUCAUUAGUCAACUGCCAUCUUUCACCUGCGUCCAGUCAGCUGCCACGUCAUCGCCCAGUCAGCGCCACGUCACCUGCCACGUCACCGGUCAGUUUUAAUUUUGAAGAAAUUGCAGUUUGGUCCCUCAAUUUUUGAAAAAUUAUAAUUUUGACCUAUAAUUUUUUGAAAAUUGUAUUUUGACCCCGAAAGUGCCUACCCACCAUUUUCGGCCGUUCCGGACGCAACGGUGCUGCCCGUUUUUCGAAAUUCUGCUCCGAUUUUUCUCAAAUAGAAAAUCAAAAUUAUAUAGAAGGUGAAAAUGACCUUUGACGAGUCAACUUCAUCUUCCGGAGCUAUGAUUAUGCUCACGGCUACCAACUACACGCUAUGGAAACCUCGGAUGGAAGAUUUCCUUAGUUGUAAAGACCUUUUUGAUCCAAUAGAGAUGAAAGGUACUAAUCCUGACCCGGCCAAGUCAACAGAGUGGAAGAAAAUUAAUAGAAAAACUAUUGGUCAAAUUCGACAAUGGAUUGACCAUAGUGUCUUCCACCAUGUUGCACAAGGAACCGAUGCUUAUGCCCUUUGGAAGAAGUUAGAAGAUAUGUACCAGGCCAAGACCGCUAGGAACAAGGCCCUACUGAUGAGGCGUCUUGUCAAUAUGAAGCUCAAAAGUGGAACUUCUGUUGCUGAACAUACUAGUCAAUUUCAGAGUCUGGUAAAUCAACUAUCUUGUGUAGAAAUGCCACUUGGAGAUGAAAUGCAAUCUCUACUACUUCUUAGUUCCCUUCCUGAUAGUUGGGAGACACUAGUUGUUACUCUCAGCAACUCAGCUCCAGAUGGCAAACUUACCAUGUCUGUGGUCAAGGAUGCACUGUUCAAUGAGGAGGCAAGAAGGAAAGACAUGAGCACAGAUGAGACUCAUGCCCUUGUGACGGAGAAUAGAGGAAGAUCACAAGGAAAACAACAAAGAAACUGUAGAGGGAAAUGGCAAACCAGAGGGAAAAGUCGGGGGAGAUCAUCGGAUGGCCGGAAACCUUCUUAUACCUGCCACCAUUGCGGUAUAGAGGGUCACAUGAAGAAGAAUUGAUACAAAUUGCUAGAGGAGCGAGGCAAGAGCAAUUCUCAAGCGAAAAACAAGGGUGGUGAAGCGCUCAUCACAAUCUCAGGUGAUGUGGCAUAUUGUACUAUCAAUGAUGAAGCAUGCCUUCACGUCUCAAGAGAGGACACUGAAUGGGUGGUAGAUACUGUAGCAUCCUACCACGUUACUCCCCACAGGUACUACUUCACAACUUACAAAGCUGGAGACUUUGGAGUAGUGAAGAUGGGCAAUUCCAGUUCCUCUGGAAUAGCUGGAAUUGGUGAUGUACAAAUAAAGACGAGUACUGGGAGCACAAUCACUUUGAAGGAUGUCAGACAUGUUCCAGACCUUCGACUCAAUCUCCUGUCAGUGGUAUGUCUUGACGAACAGGGGUAUGAAAACCACUUUAACAGGGGCACCUGGAAAAUGUCAAAGGGCGUUUUGACAAUCGCUCGAGGACAUGUUUGUGGCACAUUGUACAAAACCCAUUUGAGGAUUUGUACGGAUAGCCUCAACAUUGCUGAGGAGACUUCUCAGAAUCUGUGGCACCUGAGACUUGGCCACAUUGGUGAGAAAGGGUUGAAUACCUUGAUCAAGAAGAACCUUAUCAACAUCGACAAGAAUGCUGCACUGGGUCCUUGCAGUCAUUGUCUGUUUGGUAAGCAUCAUAGAGUAUCAUUUAGUUCUACUUCAGCUAAAAGAUCAGAGUUGUUAAGUUUGGUACACUCCGACGUCUGUGGUCCUUUCGAGGUGGAAUCAAUCGGUGGAAGCAGAUAUUUUCUGACUUUUAUCGAUGAUGCUUCUCGGAAAGUGUGGGUGUAUUUCCUGAUUACGAAGGAUCAGGUGUUCGAGAGCUUCAAGACAUUUCACGUCUUGGUGGAACGUGAAACAGGAAAGAAGCUGAAAUGUAUCCGAUCUGAUAAUGGAGGCGAGUACACAUCCAAGGCGUUCGAUGCAUAUUGCAGAGAAUAUGGCAUUCGACAUGAGAAGUCAGUACCACGCACCCCUCAGCACAACGGCGUUGCUGAAAGAAUGAACCGGACUAUCAUGGAGCGUGUUCGGAGCAUGCUGAAUAUGGCUAAACUUCCGAAGUCAUUCUGGGGAGAAGCAGUCAACACCGCAUGCUAUCUUAUCAACCGAUCACCUUCAGUACCACUGAACUUUGAAGUUCCAGAGAGACUAUGGACAGGUAAGGAUCCUACAUACUCACAUCUUAGAGUAUUUGGUUGUUCAUCAUAUGCACAUGUAUCCAAAGAGCUCAGGCAGAAGCUCGAUGCAAGAACUAUCCCAUGCAUUUUCGUUGGCUACGGAAAUGAAGAGUUUGGAUACAGGUUAUGGGAUCCUAAGGAGAAAAAGGUGUUCAGAAGUAGGGACGUUGUGUUCCACGAAGAUUUGACAAUAGAAGACAUUGAAAAACCCACAAUGUCUCGGAAGUCAAAUGAGGGUGCUCAAGUUUCAAAUGAAGCACCAGAAGAGGACAAAGUGCAUGAAGAUAACUCAGAAGCAGAAGAGGAGGAGACAGAAGAGAGUGCAUGGCAAGGGGAGACACAAUCCACCCCGCCAGACACAGAUGAUGGUAGCUCUUCUCAGAUGGUUCCUACUGUUCGUAGAUCUGAACGAGGGCAUAUACCAUCGACAAGGUACACAUCAUCUGAAUAUCUUUUGUUAACUGAAGAUGGAGAACCAGAAUGUUUUCAAGAAGCUGUAUCUCAUAAGGAUAAAGAAAAAUGGCUAAUAGCAAUGCAGGAUGAGUUAGAAUCUCUGCAGAAAAAUCAAACUUAUGAGAUCGUAGAACUUCAUAAAGGGAAGAAGGCACUGAGGAACAAAUGGGUGUUCAAGCUGAAGAAGGAUGCAAACGGACAAGUGGUGAAACACAAAGCUUGGUUGGUUGUCAAAGGGUUCCAACAGAAGAAAGGAAUUGACUUUGAUGAGAUCUUUGCACCAGUUGUCAAGAUGACCUCAAUCUGAGUUGUACUUGGCUUAGCAGCAAGUAUGAACUUGGAGCUUGAACAGAUGGAUGUGAAGACAGCAUUUCUUCACGAAGAUUUGAAAGAAGAAAUCUACAUGCAGCAGCCGGAAGGUUUUGAGAACUCAAAUGAUAACUUUGUGUGUAAGUUAUCUAAAAGUUUGUAUGGCUUGAAGCAGGCACCAAGGCAGUGGAAUAAGAAGUUUGACUCAUGCAUGAAGAGUCAAGGCUACAAGAAGACUACUGCGGAUGAGUGUGUAUACAUCAAGAAACUUCCAGACGGUACCUUCAUUGCUCUUCUACUAUAUGUAGACGACAUGUUGAUCGUUGGGAAAGAUGCAGUGAAGAUAAACCAGCUGAAGAAAGAACUCUCUAAGUCUUUUGAUAUGAAAGACUUGGGAUCGGCUCAACAGAUUCUUGGGAUGCAGAUCACUCGAGACAGGAAGAAUCACAAGUUAUGGCUAUCUCAGGAGAAGUACAUUGAACGAGUACUUGAGAGAUUCAACAUGAAUGAUGCCAAACCAGUAAGUGUUCCACUUGCGAAUCACUUCAAGUUGAGCAAAAGAACAUGCCCUACAUCCAAGGAAGAGAUCAGGGAGAUGUCAGCAGUUCCAUAUUCUUCAGCAGUUGGGAGUUUGAUGUAUGCCAUGGUAUGCACAAGGCCAGACAUCGCACAGGCAGUGGGUACAGUGAGUCGUUUUCUCUCUAACCCCGGGAAGGAGCAUUGGGAGGCAGUCAAAUGGAUUCUCAGGUACUUGAAAGGUACCAUGAAGUUAUGUCUUUGUUACGGAGGAGUUGACCCAGUCUUGGAAGGCUACACAGAUGCUGAUAUGGCCGGCGACACUGAUAGUAGAAAGUCUACUUCCGGAUAUAUCUACACUUUUGCAGGGGGAGCCGUUUCUUGGCAAUCAAGAUUGCAGAAGUGUGUUGCUUUAUCUACAACAGAAGCAGAAUACAUUGCUGCCGCUGAAGCAGGUAAGGAAAUGUUGUGGCUAAAGCGUUUUCUCCAAGAACUUGGGAUCCAGCAGAAAGAGUACAAAGUACAUUGUGACAGUCAGAGUGCUCUAGACUUGAGCAAGAACUCUAUGUACCAUUCUCGUACAAAGCCUAUUGACAUUCGGUAUCACUGGAUACGAGAGACGAUUGAUCAACAACUGUUGAGACUAGUGAAGAUCAAUACAAAGGAGAAUCCAUCAGACAUGCUGACGAAGGUGGUGACACGGGAUAAGCUAGAGCUGUGCAGAGACAUAGUCGGGAUGCUUGUUUUGAAUAUGCCUGGAAGGGGAGAAUUGAAGAAUUCAAUUUCCAGGUCAUAUCCAAGUACAAGCAAAUUGAAGAAUCCAAUUCAUAGCUUCCAUGAAGCUUCCUCCAUGUGCAAGAAUGACAAGGGGAGCUUCCUCAACCACCAUUGAAGCUUCCUCAUGUUCCAUUGAAGCUUCCUCCUAGCUUCAACACAUCUUCCUCCCACCUUCAUACUACCUUGUUUUGGUACUAUAAAUAGAGAGCUUGGAGAGUUUUUCUAUCAUCAAUUCAAGCAAUUUAGAUCAUAGAUUAGAAUACCACAACCAAGUUUGAGUUGUGAAUAUCCUUGAGAGAUAUGUGAGGUGUUUUGAGAGUUUUUAGUUAGAGCUUGUAUGUCUCUUCUUUCUAUUCUUGAAAGUAAUAGAAGUAUUUUUCUCUCAUAUUAGCAUGAUCCUGUUAUUCCCAACAUCAAUGAGAAUGUAACAGUUGAUUUAUUUAAGUCUAAAUUAAAAAUGAUUAAGUGAUGUGGUCCAAUCAAAUGAAUGGUAGGUACGGUACCCCAUAUUUUAGAAAGGUACUGGAGUUGUCACCAUUUAUUAACUACGAUUCAUUACUAAUAUCAUAGCCUAGUUAUCUGGGAAUGGAUACUAAUACCAUUUCUUCUCUAACUGAAGAUAGAAUUGAAGGUUGGAGAAAUACUUUAACAAAUAAUGGAUAUUGAGAUUAAUUAAGUUGCUGUUAGGAACAAAGUGAUGAAAUCAAAUGUAUUAUUUUUUGUACCUUGCUAAUGAUUUUUUGUGCAUGUAUUAAUACAGCUCUUUUGAGAAUAAGGUUUGAAUGUUAUUGUUGUAUUAAUACAAUGAGCUGAGCAUCUUCUAAUUCUUCUUCAUAUGUUAUACUCGCUUCAUACCUUCAAUUUAAUAAUGACUUCCAAGAAUUUCAUGUCGGGUUUUUAGCUAUAUUAUUCCACUUAAACUCGAAUAUACUUCAACUGCCGACAUAUAUAUCAAUAUGUGUGUGUGUUGUGCACCCAUGGGCCAUGGCAGUAAAAAACAUUACUGUAAAAUAGAAUCUCCGUUUAUUUUACAUUUGUGUGUAUGAAAGAUUUACUUUUUCACACCUAUAGAAACCCAAAUAAAAAACGUGUGCCUCUAACCCUAUUAAGUAGGAAUUAGAAACUGUAAUUACUACUGUUGCGUUGGCAUUAUUUAAGAUUCCAACAGCAUAUAACAUCCUCCUUAUCACAUUAAGUAUGGUAUCUUAUGCCACCCAUUUAUUAGGUUGCCAAUGGACAAAGAUCAAGAUACUAUUUUUAUUGCCCAACAUUUAAUAAUUAUAUAUACUCUCCACUUUAUUACUUAUUAGUCUUUCAGUUAAUAUUUUGUCUUUUAU